AUGGAGGGAGAUGGUGACGCGAGGGCACCAUUGCUGGACUUCGUCGAUGACCGGUCGGGCGCAUCGGAGGAGCUGCUGCGGCGGGAGCCGGUGCCGUUCGAUGUGCUCUCACGACUGGCAUUGUGGGAGGCUGGCAACCUUUGGCGCAUCUCAUGGGCGUCCAUCCUCAUCACUCUCUUCAGCUUCACUUUGAGCCUCGUCACACAGAUGUUCGUUGGCCACCUUGGUGAGCUCGAGCUCGCUGGCGCCUCCAUCACCAACAUUGGCAUCCAGGGUCUAGCCUACGGCAUCAUGCUUGGCAUGGCGAGCGCAGUGCAGACAGUGUGUGGCCAGGCCUAUGGGGCUAGGAGGUACAGGGCCAUGGGGGUCGUUUGCCAGAGGGCGCUCGUACUCCAGUUCUUGACAGCCGUCGUCAUUGCCUUCCUCUACUGGUAUGCCGGUCCAUUCCUGCUGCUCAUUGGGCAGGCUGCGGAUGUGGCCGCGGCGGGGCAGCUGUAUGCUCGCGGGCUGAUACCGCAGCUGCUCGCCUUCGCGAUCUUCUGCCCCAUGCAGAGGUUCCUGCAGGCUCAGAACAUCGUCAACCCUGUGGCAUACAUGACACUGGCCGUGCUUGUCUUCCACAUCCUGAUCUCGUGGAUCGUCGUGUUUGUGCUUAGUUUUGGCCUUCUCGGUGCGGCUCUGACACUGAGCUUCUCUUGGUGGGUGCUCGUGGCGUUGACAUGGGCGUACAUCAUCUGGAGCCCGGCUUGUAAGGAGACAUGGACCGGCCUGUCCAUGCUUGCUUUCAGAGGCCUCUGGGGAUACGCCAAGCUCGCCUUCGCGUCUGCUGUUAUGCUAGCAUUGGAGGUCUGGUAUGUGCAAGGAUUUGUGCUUCUGACUGGCUUCCUCCCCAACUCAGAGAUUGCUCUUGAUUCACUCUCUAUCUGCAUCAAUUACUGGAACUGGGACUUCCAAAUCAUGCUUGGUUUGAGCUAUGCAGCCAGUAUUCGUGUCGGCAAUGAGCUUGGCGCUGGCCAUCCAAAAGUUGCAAUUUUGUCGGUCCUCGUGGUAGUCGUGGCGAGCAUCGCCUUCAGCAUUCUCGCCACGAUUGCAGUCAUGGUCCUCAGGUACCCGUUGAGCACUUUGUACACAAGUAGCACGACGGUGAUUGAGGCCGUCAUCAGUCUGAUGCCACUGCUGGCCAUCAGCAUCUUCUUGAACGGAAUCCAGCCAAUCCUCUCAGGAGUCGCUGUCGGGAGUGGAUGGCAAGUCAUAGUUGCAUAUGUCAACGUUACAGCUUACUAUGUGAUUGGGCUGCCGAUUGGAUGUGUCCUAGGGUUCAAAACAAGCCUCGAGGCAGCUACGUCUGAUGAUCAGUUGCCUCUGUUUGUGAUAAUUCAGGGGAUCUGGUGGGGCUUGAUCAUCGGCGUCGCUGUGCAGACGGUGGCUCUGAUUGUCAUCACAGCCAGGACUAACUGGGACAACGAGGUGGAGAAGGCGAUCCAGCGACUGCGGCGCACCGCCACGGACGAGGGCGGGAUGGUGGUUGCCGUGGACGACGUCUGAUGAACGGCCCAAAUGACUAUAGCUCGUUAAGCCUG